AUGUCGCUGGACGAAGAAAGCCUCGAGACAGUCGCCAAUGGCGGCACGAUGGACUAUGAGAAAUGGCCCAGCAUGGUCGAACCCCUGCUUGAACGAUUGGAAUAUAUCAUAUACAACGUCUUCCCAAUGCCGCGGAUCCCUCCCCACCUUCAACAGCAGUCUGCCAAUCCCACCGACCCCACAACCACGCCAUCUACAACCCUCCAAACCUCCACACAGCCCGAACCAUCGUCGCAGCAAUCCACCACAACUGAGCGUAUCCCUGACUCCCAACCCCAGUCCUCGCAGGGCUCCUCUCUUCCCGAACCCCUCCAACACCACCUAAACUCCAUCAAAUCCACCUUGCGAUCCCUCUUCGCCUCGAAACCACCACACACUAUCCAACGUCUCGCAGAACUCAUCGUUCGUCCUACGGCCCACUACCGCACUCUUCCCGCAUAUCUUCGCGCCGUCGACCGCGUCGUCUGCGUCACUAGCAGCGCGGAAAUCUUCCCUCUCCACUCGACACACCAUGGCGCCGCUCCCCAGCCCAACGGCGCGAUCAUCAACGGCGCCGAUACCGGCCUCCUAUUCCCGGACCAUACACUCGGCAGCGAUGAGUCUCUGGGUGGAGCACUUCUCACGCCGAUCCCAUGGUUGAGUAACGAUCCUUCGUCGCCGGAACAUGAGGGUGAAAGCGGUGCGCUUAUGGGGGAUACUGGGUUCACUACCCAGGUAGUGGAGAGCACUGGCGCUGAGCAAGGACAUCAGCAGCUGGGGUCUGUUACUACUACGGAGACGGCGACUGUAGUGACGUCGGACACGAAUGGAAAUGAAGGCACGAGUGAAGCUCCGUCGGCUGAAACAUUGGAGGAUAUUCCGCAUGCCAGAGGUCCCUCUGUAGUCGGAGUGGAAGAUCUAGGGUUACAGGAUGGUAGGGGCGUGGAGAUGGAUCUCUCGACUGGAGGGGAGGAGGCGCCAGGACUGCAGGCUGCGGGACAGGAGACUUCCCAGCCGCAGCCGCAGCCGCAGGAGCAAGAGCAGGGACAAGGACAGCAGCAACAAGAACAGCAGCAGACUACUGAGCAGGAUGGAGAAGAAGGUGGUGCUAAGCCGACAGCAGAUGGAGAUGGAGAUAUUUCUCUAGACGAUGUCAAAGCACCGGAGGAGACCGCUUCAGUAUCUGAGACGGCGGAUAAAGAGCAGCAGCAGCAGCAGCAGCAACAGCAACAGCAGGCGUAG